CCCUCUACAAUGUCUACAUCAUCCACAAGUAUCACCACCAUCGGUGCUGCGAGAUCCUCUACAUCAUCCACGAGUAUCACCACCAUCGGUGCAGCGAGACCCUCUACAAUGUCUACAUCAUCCACAAGUAUCACCACCAUCGGUGCAGCGAGACCCUCUACAAUGUCUACAUCAUCCACAAGUAUCACCACCAUCGGUGCAGCGAGACCCUCUACAAUGUCUACAUCAUCCACAAGUAUCACCACCAUCGGUGCAGCCAUGGAAGACGAUGAAAUGGAGGAAGCACCUCUGGAUCUAGGACCACCUGAGAUUAUUAUGAACCUCACGGAAGUGACCACUGAGGACCUCGUUGAACAGGAUGUGGCCGUGGAGACAAACAGAGAGAGAAACGAAGAGGAACAACGUCACACCAGGCGUCAUCGAAGGUUCCAGAUCCACUCAACUCAUUUCAGCAGAGGCUCCUCCAAGCCGUCGAGAGGGAUGCAGCCCAACCUGAUGCUCACAGGAAGGAGGAUGAAGAGACCCUCUUUGCCAUGAGCCUGGUGCCACAACCCUGAAGAGGCUGCCUCAGCAAAGAAAAGCAGCAGUCAAAGUUAAAAUGGAUCAGCUGCUUUUCCAAGCCGAGUUCAAUGAGAUGGAGUCCAUUUAGCCGAGCAGCUCACAGGAAGGACAGGAAGAGGAGAGGAGUUGUCUGGUUGUUGUUCCCUUCCAGAGAUGGAGUCCAUUUAGCC